UGCACGGCCUGCUGCCCAGCCUGCCAGUCACCAACGGCAGCCCCACCUUCGCCCAGGACCUCCCAGAGCUACAGCCACACAGUAGAGUGGCUGGACUUCUACCAACGCCACGUGCAGCCCACCAUGGAGCAGUAUGAACUGGAUCAGUUUGGGAAGAGUCAUGACCUCAUGUCUAACUUCUGGAACUCGUGCUUUGAUGACCUGAUGAGCACUGCCAUACGGCGGGACAAAGAGAAGACCUACAGCAAAGACAAGUUCCAGGAGGUGAUAGUGGACCCGUACCUGAGGCGGGUCCGCAGUGAAAACAGCCGUUACUACAGUGGUCAGAAACAGAGCUCCGGCCAGCAGGGAGUAGUGUGGCGCCACUGGGAGUCCCUCCGCAGGCUGCUCACCAGCGAGAGAGGGGCCUGGGCACACAGAGUCCCACUAGAGGUGAAAUGGAAGUUGUCCAGGCGGAGACGUGUACUCUAA